CAAGAAGGCGCACGGUGCGAAGGCAGUGGAGGUGGAUGGAGAAACGUGUUUCUCUUUCUCCAUCCUAAACCCAACCCCAACCGAUAUGUCUUUCUCUCUCCUCUCUCCUGCCUCUCACUUCUCAUUCUCCUCCUCCAUUCUUGCCGCUCCUUCUCACAUCAGAAAUCCGCCUCUUUUCUCUCUCCUCUCCUCCCAACCUUCAUCUUCGUCAUCCACUCCGCCUUUUACUAAGAUCCCACGCCAUGACCCUGGGACUGGUAUUACCAUCUCACACAAUUGCGCUAACCUCUUUUUACCUUACAUGUCGAUAGCAAACGAACCCCUUCAUAGGCUCUUUUCAUCUAGAUCGUCUUCUUACUCUUCCUGCUCUAUUGGCGGAGGGGAGGACCGUGUUGCCGGCGAAGAAGAAGAUGGGGAUCCUGACGACGACGAGGAUGAAGAAGUUGUCGUUGAUAGCUCCAAGGAGGGCACAAGGCCAAGGCCUUCUAGUUUGCCUGAGAGAUGGGACGUGUUAGGUCUCGGCCAAGCCAUGGUAGAUUUUUCUGGCGUGGUUGAUGGCGAAUUUUUGGAUAGACUGGGUAUAGAGAAGGGUACAAGGAAGGUUGUGAAUCAUGAGGAGAGGGGUAGAAUUUUGCGGGCAAUGGAUGGGUGCAGCUACAAGGCUGCUGCUGGUGGAUCUCUUUCUAAUAGUCUUGUGGCCUUGGCCAGACUUGGUGGUCAGCCCAUUGGAGGGCCUGCCUUGAAUGUGGCUAUGGUUGGCAGCAUUGGUAGUGAUCCACUUGGUGAGUUCUACAGAGCAAAAUUGCGUCGGGCAAAUGUGAAUUUUCUCUCUGCACCAGUCAAAGAUGGGACAACAGGAACAGUUAUAGUGCUGACAACUCCAGAUGCUCAGCGUACGAUGCUUGCGUAUCAGGGCACAUCUUCGAUGGUUGACUAUGAUCCUUGCCUGGCUAGCUGUAUUGGUAAAACAAGAAUACUUGUAGUUGAAGGUUAUUUACUUGAGCUUCCUGAUACAAUCAAAACAAUUAAAAAAGCAUGUGAAGAUGCCCGCAGGAGUGGUGCUCUGGUUGCUGUCACAGCGUCGGAUGUCUCCUGCAUUGAGAGACAUUAUGAUGAUUUCUGGGAAAUUAUGGGGAAUUAUGCCGACAUUGUCUUUGCAAACAGCAAUGAAGCCAGAGCUUUCUGUCAUUUCUCCUCAAAGGAAAGCCCCAUUUCUGCUACAAGGUACCUAAGCCAUUUUGUUCCUGUAGUCUCAGUUACGGAUGGGCCAAGAGGCUCUUACAUUGGUGUGAAAGGGGAACCUGUUUAUAUUCCUCCUUCGUUGUGUGUUCCUGUGGACACUUGUGGGGCAGGUGAUGCAUAUGCGUCAGGCAUCUUAUAUGGUAUUUUAAGGGGUGUGUCAGAUUUGAAAGGCAUGGGUACAUUAGCAGCUAGGGUUGCAGCUGUAGUUGUUGGGCAACAGGGAACCCGGCUAAGGGUCCAAGACGCUGUUGGGUUGGCAGAGUCAUUUACAUUCCAUCAUGAAAGCUCAUCCGCUCAUUCUGACAUGGGUUCUGAUCAGAUCUCUAGCUUGUAAUACAUUGUGAUGGCCACCUUGGUUAUUUUCCCCCAAUUAUUUUUUUGGACUGAUUUUCUAUGAUUUUUAAGUUCUCCCUUUGUACAUUAUGUAUACUGGCAAGGAAGCCUCCAAUAUCUAAUUGAAAUUUUUUAGUUAGAUGUCAUGCAAAGUUUGGCUCUGUAUGUGAAGAUAUAAGUAACAUUGAGCUGAGUGCCUGUUACAGCUGCUGCUUUUUUUUUUUUUUGUGAUGAAUAUGCAAAAAUAGAAGAUACAAUUUUUUGUUAUUUUAUCCAAUAUUAUACUUUUAAGACGG